AUGUAAUGUUCUAUUUAAAUUUCAAUCAUUUGUAUUUUUAUCAUUGCUUUCCAAAUUAGAAUGUAAGUAUAUUUAAAUAUUAAUUUUAAUGAAUAAAUAUAGGGUAAGUACUCAUCCUUUACUAAAUUAAUUUUAAUGGAAAAUAUCAAAAAGACUUGAAUAAAAUAUUGACUUAUCCAAAUAUUCAAACUAGUUUUGUACAUUAUUGAGAUGUAAUAAUGAGGAGCUGGAUUUCAAAAUUCCCUAAAUUAUUGGAAUAAUCAAAUUGGGCUAAUUAUCUCGUUUGGCAGUAUUGGAAUUUAAACUUCUGAUGCAAUAAUCCAUAAUUGAAGCUUAAAUAAAUGGGUCAUUUUAAAAUGAUCUUGAUUUCAUUCGAGAUAUCAUAAUUUUUAUUGAAUUGAAUUAUUUGUAAUCUGAGGAUGAGAAAUUCUUACCAGAGUCUAUACCAUCUUCGCUUUCUCCUUUAAAAGCUAAAAUAAUGACAACUAAAACUUCAUAUCAAAAGGAUGGUUGGAGAAAGAUUAAUAUUUGA